AUGGGAGCUGUAUGCAGCAGACUCAACAAAGACGCAUCCAAAGAGCCCGCGGCGCCGCGACUCCCGUCGCCAGCUACCGCCGCAGAUGCGAAAGCAGCGACACCUGGUGAAUCGCAAGCGCAAGGUGAAGCUGCUGGGCAGUCAACCGCUCCUGGUGCUCAGCCGAAGCCGCAGGGGCGUCCCAUUCCUUCAGCGAUGGACGAAUUCAAGCCUGGAUCUGGCGCUGGAGUGUACCUGUUGGAGUUUCCAGAGCCUCAGACGUCGCUCGUGUCUCAAUAUGCCCACGAAGUCCCGACCACCCAGGGCACCGUGCUGCUACAGGUGAAGGCGCCCCCCUACAGCCCGAUCCCCAAAACUCGCUUUGUCCUGCAGGGAGGGAAGAGAGUUCUGCGCCCGAAUAUCGAGGCAAUGAAAGAUACUCCUGGUGUGAAGGCAAAAUACUGCGAGGUCAUCAUGGCUUUUGUUAACCUUGCGUCAACCUACAAUGGUUUCCUGUGGGCAUCUUCUCAUCUGGACACAGCCAAACAGCCCUUCAGUAUCUUCUACUUGGAGCGCAUCAAGAAGGCACCUGUGAUUUCAGACGAACCCUUGCCUGAAAUGGAGAAUUCGAUGCCCAUUGGAGGUCGAAUAGUUCAGAAGGAAAUCGAAAAGCCUGCUGAGACCGUCCAUUUGGUGAAGCAGGGAGGGGAGGGCGAGCCCAAACAGGAGGGCGAAGACACGAAGGCGACGAGCGAGGACGUCGAGGGUCAGAAAGCACCAGAAGGUGAUGGGAAGGAAGACAAGAACGCAGAGGCUGCCGAAAAGGCGCAGGAAGGUGAAAAAAAAGAGGAGGGAGAAAAGGCUGACGAGGCGAAGGAAGAGACCAACAAAGAGGAGGCCAAACAGGAAGAACAUAUCGAAGAGGGAUUGUACGUGCGCUUUUUGGGUCCGGACUCCAGCGUAGGCUAUCGGUUAUUGGCUAGCUGUGGCAUUGUCCCACUUCCUCUUGAGAAGGCGAAAGAGCUUAUCAGUGAGGACAAACGGGUUGAGGACAUCGAGGCGAUCAAGACUGUCGUCACUAAAGCAGGCGGCGGCAAGUGGGAACAGGGCGGGUGUAGCUUCAGUAAUAGCCUUCAAAUUGUGCAGCGGGGGUGCCAAGGCAAAGAAACUUGUCAGUUCAAGGCAUACACCGAACUAUUCUUGGUGGAGGGAAUCACAGACCCUUGCCCAAGCCUGAAGAAUCCGUUCCUUGCGGUUGACUACGGAUGUGUCCCCGUGAGUCGGCCGGCACCACUUUUUGACACGAAGGCAGUGGCGUUCCGGACUGGCGUAACCCCGCAUUAUCUACUUCUGGCGGAGCACACGACAUCUUGUCCGCCGACGUCGAAAAUAGAAGUGUCGCCGACUGAAGCCGCGGAGGUGUAUAGCCUGAAUGACGCGCGGUCGGUGUGCAAUCUGCAUCAGCAGUGCUCUCAUUUCAUCUGGGACUUCAAAAACCGCCAAGCCACUUUCUGCUCUGGGGAUAGGUGGAAGACAGCGGAAAAGAGCAGUGGGUUCACAAUCGGUAUAAAGCCUUCAGAAUUCAGUAUCCCCGGCUACGCUGUCUACCUUAACUACGUUGGCAUAUGUACGGAGCCAAACAUUCUAGACAAACGGAAAACUACCAUCCCCAUGCAAGAUGGACCAGCCCUCUGCACCGCUCGAAGAAAAUGUGAAUUCUGGACAGCAAGCACCUCUGCGGGGCUGGUGUCCCUCCCGGGAUACACUCACCAACUGUGGCUGUGCAGCGGAACCCCUACAAUGAUCCCUAGAGACGGUUUCGUAUUCGCUGCGAAGGCGCAGGAUCUGGAGGGUAUACGGCCAGACGCGCUUCUGGGAGAGCUGGCCCAACCAAGUGAAAUAGACGUAUUCCAAUUCUCUCAGGGCUAUCCCACUCCAUCAGAGGCCGACAGAGCAAAAGCCGUAAGACGUCCUGAGGACUCGCGGCUCGCUGGCCAGAUUUACUAG